UCUAUUUUGAACUGUCCGAUACCGUUACAACACCACUGAAAAGUAUUGAAUUAAAUUUGACCUUUUGCUUUCAGGUUAGCUCAAACCCAUUCACACUCAUUUAAAUUCACUAAACAGAAGGCGAGUGUGGCACAGAACUCACACCAGAGUCUUUGGCAUCGUUGUCUGAGAUUCAAGGUCAAGAUAACCUAGUCUUCCUCACAUGUUACUAAAGAAAGCAACCGCUAUGCGAUGCUAACCUGACGCAGGAAAUCGGACAAACAUGCAAUGUGACUUUUGACAACAUCUGUCCAAAGAUGGAAAACUUUUUCCAGUAUGAGGAGCUGGGAAGAGGCAGCAGUUCCAUCGUCUAUAAAGGGAGAGAAAGAGGAACUCUCAACUACAUAGCCAUCAUCUGUGCGGACAAAUCCAAGAGACCAGAGAUAACCAAUCACGUCCGCCUCUGCCAUAACCUGGAUCAUCCAAAUAUUGUGCGUUUCUACGAGUGGUACAUGACCUCCAAGCACCUGUGGAUGAUCGUGGAGCUGUGCUCAGGUGGCUCGCUGGAGUCACUGAUACUUGAUGAUAAAGGUCUCUCAGAGGUCACCGUGCGGGAAUUUGGGCUGGACGUGGUCAGAGGACUGGAACACAUCCACAAAUCAGGCAUCAUAUUCUCUGAUUUGACUCCUGCUAAGAUCCUGCUGGACGGAAGUGGCAGGUUGAAGUUUUCCAAUUUCUCUCGGGCCAAAGCCGUCGGAGACACAGAGGAUUUCUACGUGUCACUUUCCAAGUGCGACUGGGGCACCAACGGAGACUGCAAGGAGACUUUCGACGCAUUUAAGAAAAGAUUCCAAGGCUCUCCAGUUUACACGGCUCCAGAAGUUUUCCAAGGUGCAGAAACCAGCGUGGCUUCAGAUCUGUGGGCUCUUGGCUGUGUUCUCUACUACAUGUACACAGGUAAACCACCAUUCUAUUCUGAGCACUAUGCUGAGAUACGGAAAAUGAUUUUGCAGCAAGAGCCACCGGCUCCCAAACAGACAGUGUUUCCUGACAGUCGUCCCAGUAAGGAAUUUCUGAAACUACUGAGAGGUUUACUCCAAAAAAAUCCUAAAAAGAGACUAACCUGGCCUGAGAUCAUCAAUCAUCCUUUCUGGACUUGUAAAAGGACAGAGGAAAAUUUGGCAGAUUGCAAAGAGAAGAUGGAAAAAAGUAGCCAGAGGCUCACAAAGACUGCUGAAGUGCCCCAGUCAAGAGGACAGGCUGAUCAAGCUUCUAACAGCAGUGUGGUCCAUUCAGCCGACUCACAGUGUUGAAAGGAAAUGGACUUCCUGGUAAACAAGGAGUACAAUAACUCAUAAAAGACUUUUCAGCAACUAAGCACAGAACAUGUCCCACCUAUGGAAGCUUGGAGGGGUGUUGGCCCUGUUGGGGAGGAUCAGGGUGAAAGCCAAACAUGAAGCUGUUUUUUCACUUGGUCACUCAUUGUACAAAGUUAAGACACAGCUUACCUUCUCUGCAUCAGUCUCUGGUUUCAUUCUCUGAUUGAUUUUAGAAUGUUAUUGAUCUUGUCUAAUGGCACUAUCAGCCAGACCCCAUCAUCAAUAUCCACCAUAAGACAUUGACUCAUUGACUUGAAACAAGUCCAAAGAAAAUGCUGUAAGCAUUUUGUAUUUCUAUUUAAACAACAACUGGGACUUAUACACCUUUAUUUCCAUGACAAACAAAACAAAAACAACAAACAAACACGAACAAAGAAGAACAAAGAUUAAUCUUAUAAACUUCCUCUGUUAGGGAACAUUUUUCAAUACUUCAAUUCCAGGUGCACCUCAUUACACAAUGUGAUGUCAUGACUGAGACAUCCAUGAUGACGGGGACUAAAUGCGAUUGUGCUGAUGGAUGGAGAAUUCAACUGCAGGUAUUGAAUAUUCAAUUUCAGUAUUGAAAAGAGAUGUACUACUUUCAAUUUAAAAGCGACAAAUAAUUUUAAAAAGAAAAAAAAGAAAAAGAAAAAUGCAGCCCCAUCUCUAAUUUUAACAUCAUUCUCAGAAACAAGCGCGAAUAUGAAGAAAUGGUUCUCAGUCUCUUGAGCAAGUCCAAUCCUGUUCCUGUUUGCUUUAGUACCGCGCGUGCACGGACACAAAAGACAUCUGGUCACAUGUAGAUUCCUCCAGAAAGCGAGGGUGGAAAGAGAGUGGAAGUGGCAGUAGGUAUAUGUAUGAAACGUACCUCUGUUUACUACACUUCGACCUAACCUUAUUUUUGUGCACCGAUAUUCCGACAGUAGACUUUAUAAAUUUGAGGAGUAAAAGUAUGGAUCUGGACAGGAUAAGAAUUAACGCGCAGCGAGAAACUGCAGAAAUGAUCCUGUCCUACCACCUGCUGGUCAAAGUAUGUAUUACAGCAGCAUUCACAGCAGCAUGGGAUUCAUUGACUGUCGUGUACAAGGCAUGACACGAUUUGAAUGUCACUGUAAACAUUGUAAUGGAUUCAAGUGUGCUCUUGACAUACUGCUCUUAGUCAGGAAAUGCUGUAGAAAACUAUUUUUU